AUGGCUGGAUCAAAUUAUGAUUGGAAGGAAGAUUGGUUACAAGGUGCAGGAAACAUCAGGAGCAGAAAGCUUGGCUACAAGACGGGGAAUUGCAGGGAUGGUGCAGGAAUUCAUGAAUUUGAAAAGCAAGGGAAAGAAGUGAGGAGAAAAGCAAAAGACCUUCAGAAAAUAUGUUAG